AUGGGUGACUGGAGUUUCUUGGGGAACAUUUUGGAAGAGGUGAAUGAACAUUCCACUGUCCUUGGGAAAGUUUGGCUUACGGUGCUCUUCAUUUUCCGCAUCCUGAUCUUAGGCACUGCUGCAGAAUUUGUAUGGGGAGAUGAACAGUCAGACUUUGUGUGCAACACCCAGCAGCCAGGUUGUGAGAAUGUCUGCUACGAUGAGGCCUUCCCCAUCUCCCAUAUCCGGCUAUGGGUCUUGCAGAUCAUCUUUGUCUCCACUCCCUCCCUGAUUUACUUGGGUCACACUGCACACCAUGUAAGGAUGGAAGAGAAAAAGAGAGAGCGGGAAGCAGCAGAGAGAGGCCUACAACAGCAAGAUGAAAGAGAUGAUGAAAAAUCAUCCCUUGAUCCAGAGCAGAAGAGUCCAGUAUCUACCAAGAGAACCAAGAGGUUCCACCUUGAAGGAACACUUUUGAGAACCUAUAUCUGCCACAUCUUUUUCAAAACCUUGUUUGAGGUAGGGUUCAUAGUAGGUCAGUACUUCCUUUAUGGUUUCAGAAUUCUUCCUCUGUACCGCUGUGGUAGGUGGCCUUGCCCCAACCUUGUAGACUGUUUUGUGUCCAGACCUACAGAAAAGACAGUUUUCAUCAUGUUCAUGCUGGUUGUAGCAUCGGUUUCCCUCUUCCUCAACAUUGUGGAAAUCAGUCACUUGGGUCUUAAGAAGAUUAUGAAUGCCUUCAGGAAACCAAGUGAACAACAGCCCGUGGAAACCCCAGAGAAGCCCCUUCACUCUAUUGCUGUUUCAUCCAUCCAAAAGGUCAAAGGUUACAAGCUGCUGGAGGAGGAGAAGCCAACAUUUCACUAUUUCCCUUUGACAGAAGUGGGAGUAGAAACCACACCUGUUCCUCCUUCAUUGAAUGAGUUUGAGGAGAAGAUGAGCAUGGAACACCUGGAGGACAUUCCCAGUGCCUUUGAGGAGCAAUUGCCAUCCUAUGCCCAAAGGGAUGAUCAAGAAGAGGAGAAAGUGGAAGACCCAGACCAAGAGGUGGCUGAAGGGGUACAAGAUGGACAAGUAGCAAAGGAAUUGAAAGAGAAAGCAGGAGUAAGAGUAGGCAUAGAGAAGAACAUGGAGAAUGAACAUGAGCCUCCAGGAGACAAUGUGGCUCCAACAUCUACAGCUGAUACAAGACCCCUAAGCAGGUUAAGCAAAGGUAGCAGCCGGGCCAGGUCAGAUGAUCUGACUGUAUGA